AAUAACAUAGAAAAUGAAGAACCAGUGUCAGAAAUAGAUUAUACUGAUAUAGAUAUGAUUCGAUCUGAUAUAGAAAAAAUCGAAGAACGUAUACCCCAAAAGAAAAAAAAAACAGAUAAUGUUGAAGAAAAAAUUAUCCAACCAGAGACAAUCAAUGGAAGACUCAUACUGGGAUUGAAUCGCGAAAUUAUAAAUGUGAAAAGUCGACUCGCACUAGUUGAACAAAAAUCGACCAAUAUAUUACAACCACUUCGAAAUAAUGUUCCAGUACGUCCAGUGCUAAGAGAUUUUACAAAUCAUCAAGAAUCAAAUUAUUCGAGAGUCAUGCCUCACGAUGAAGUAGAAAUAGGACGGCCUGGAAGUCAAGUAUUAAUUACAGGAGAUCAAUGGGAUGAGGCCAUGGCACGAAGCACUUUUACAUCAAUGGACAUUACUUGA